UCCCCUUGCAUGAUUCAGUCGAGAGUGAUUGUUCCUGCGUAACAAAUUCGCUGCUUCGAAUUCACUUCCAUUUCCACUCUUCCACCAAGCGUUAAAGCAACCCAAGCCAAACCACCGAGUGACUUCCAUUGAAAUAAACCGCACAAAAAAAAAUGCCGCGAUCAGUGUUAGUUCUUCUAAUUGCAUUGGGUGUAGUAGCAGUACAAGGAAUGGACUGCAAUUUUGGUACGAGCUCGAAUAUCUUCGAGAAGGCUCUAGCCCACUGUCCCGGAAUACUCGACAGCAGUGACAAAGAGUACUGUUGUAUCGGGAAAGAGAAUUUUUACUGCUGUAAUGCCGAGGAGUUCGCACUCAAGACGGGAUUAAUUGUUGUUAUUCCUGCAAUAAUCGGAGUUAUCGCUGUCGUAUCAAUCAUAAUCUUCUGCAUCUCUUGCCUCUGCUGUUCCUGUUGCCCAUGGUACAGGAGGCGUCACCGUGGUACCGUCUACGGAAAAGUUCACACACCCACGGUCGUCACAGUGGUCCAACCUAACACUGUGCCAGCUCCACAGCCACAACUUUACCCAACUCUAUCAACAGCAUCACCACUGCCAGCUCAGCCGCCUCCUUACACACAGGAAGUAUAUGCAAAACAGGCCGCCUACAAUCCGACUUAUCAGCCAUAGACAGAUUAGAAAUAAUCAUUGCCUCAUACUCUUUCAUUUUUUUACUCCCCUGAAAGUGAUAUCCGUGCAGACGAAAUGAAUCAGCAGUUAUCUGAGAUCCUGAGUCAAUCUUCUUCCAUCAGUCUCAGCAACUUCUCAGCUUCAGGCCUUGACGUCAACUCCACUCGUAUUAAUGUACAUUAAUGUCUUUCUUAGUGAUAUUACUUAUUACGUAUUGAAAUUAAAAGAUGAAAACAUGAAAUUAAAAUCGCGAAAAUGCAGCCGGACUGAUGGAUGCAGUUGUCUUCAUUUAUUUUUUCAUUUUUAAUUAUUGUGCUCAAUAAUCUAUUCUGUAAAUAAUUGUAAGUGAUGGAAAGUGAUCAUUUGGAAAUUCAAUUCAACUUGUCUUUCAAACAUCUCUAAAACUACUUGAUUCAGAGACGAAUAUUAAGAGGUUUUUUCAGCCCACGGAAUGAUCACGAAAAUUAUUCAUUAACAAUAUUUAUUAAUUAUACCCUCAUAUCGAGUCCGAGUGAUUUUGGGGGAAUCUAUCAUGAGAUUUUUCUUGUAGAUUAGAGACUUUGCUGCAGAAAAAAAUCAUCUCACUAUCUUCUAACAUCACUGAUUAGCAGGACAUUUUGCUAAUUAAUAGGGGAGACUGGGACAAAAUGAAACAGCCGAAAAACGACUAUUUGACGCAAUUCAAGCAAAAGAAACUUUUUCUAUCAACUUCGGAUUAUUAACUUUUUUUCAUUAUUGGGAGUACUGAUAAGAAUAAUAAUUAUUUUUAUUAAAAAAUAAUAAUUGCUCUUAUAAGAGAACAUGCGGCGCGAAAAAAUCACUGAUAUUUGAAUACUUUGUUAUCAAACUGAUUAAAGUGGAGAUACUGAGUUUCAAGUAGUUUUCCAAACAAUAACAAAUGAAACGUGUCUCCAAAUGAAAGAAAGUAACUACGAAUUGUGAAUUUUCAUCGCCUCUUUUGCCAUGUUUGCAUAGGUGAUUGUUGUAUAAGAAAAUUAACACUCUAUUUCUGUGAAAAUAUCUUCAAAUAUAUUUUAUAAUCAUUCAA